GCCCCACUCCGCACCUCACACACGGCCCACCGGCGGCAGCCGCCAUCUUCGCGCGCGCGUCCCAGCCCCGCCCCCAUACGCCAGGCUCACGUGACCGCGCACCGUACGACGAGGGGCGGUGCUUUCCGUCACGUGACGGGGGGACGGGCCCAGGAUGGGGCUGUCAAGAUGGCGCUGCCCAUGGCUGAGUGGUGUCCGCGGUGGAGGCGGUGGAGCCUGUGAGAGGUGAAGAGUGCAAACGUCUGCUACACCGUAGGUUGGAGGCGGUGGAGGGUGACUGUGCGCCGGCUCCCAGGCCUCACAGUGGCCCGUAGUGGAGCACCCUUUUGGAAGCUGGAGAAGGUUGCUGGCUGGGUGAAGUUGCUGCCCUCUGCUUGGCUGCUUGAGGGCCUCAGAGGCCAAGGCGUCCCUAGUCACCAAGCUUCCCCAAGAGCCCCAGACCUAGAGACAUGACCCGACAGUGCCCUCCCCCAGUCCCGGAGUCUGGGUUUCCGCUGAGCGGGUCGGUCCUAGCGGAGGCUGCAGUGGUGUUCGCAGUGGUGCUGAGCAUCCACGCUGUGGUGUGGGACCGAUACUCGUGGUGCGCCGUGGCCCUCGCAGUGCAGGCCUUCUACGUCCAGUACAAGUGGGACCGGCUGCUCCAGCAGGGGAAUGCCGUUUUCCAGUUCCGAAUGUCCGCGAACAGUGGCUUACUGCCGGCCUCCAUGGUCAUGCCCUUGUUUGGGCUGGUCAUGAAGGAGCGCUGCCAAACUGCGGGGAACCCGUACUUCGAGCGCUUCGGCAUUGUGGUUGCAGCCACUGGCAUGGCAGUGGCCCUCUUCUCCUCUGUGUUGGCCCUGGGCAUCACUCGCCCUGUGCCCACCAAUACUUGUGCCAUCUCGGGUUUGGCCGGAGGCAUUAUCAUUUAUAUUAUGAAGCACUCCCUCAGCGUGGGCGAGGUGAUCGAGGUCCUGGAAGUCCUGCUGAUAUUUGUUUAUCUCAACAUGAUCCUGCUGUACCUGCUGCCCCGGUGCUUCACUCCUGGAGAGGCACUGCUGGUACUGGGUGCCAUUAGCUUCGUCCUCAACCAACUCAUCAAGCGCUCUCUGACUGAAAGCCAAGGGGACCCAGUGGACUUCUUCCUGUUGGUGGUGGUGGUAGGGAUGGUGCUCAUGGGUGUCUUCUUCAGCACUCUCUUUGUCUUCAUGGACUCAGGCACUUGGGCCUCUUCCAUUUUCUUCCACCUCAUGACCUGUGUGCUAGGCCUUGGUGUGGUUCUGCCCUGGCUGCACUGGCUCAUUCGCAGGAACCCUCUGCUCUGGCUUCUUCAGUUCCUCUUCUACACAGAAACUCGCAUCUACCUCCUAGCGUAUUGGUCUUUGCUGGCCACCAUGGCCUGCCUGGUGGUGCUGUACCAGAAUGCCAAGCGAUCAUCUUCUGAGUCUAAGAAGCACAGGGCUCCUACCAUUACCAGAAAGUAUUUUCACUUCAUUGUGGUAGCCACUUACAUCCCAGGGAUCGUCUUUGACCGGCCACUGCUGUAUGUGGCUGCUACUAUAUGUCUGGCAGUCUUCAUCUUCCUGGAGUAUGUGCGCUAUUUCCGAAUCAAGCCCUUGGGUCACACUCUGCGGAGCCUUCUGUCCCUCUUCCUGGAUGAACGAGACAGUGGACCCCUUAUCCUAACACACAUCUAUCUGCUUCUGGGCAUGUCUCUUCCCAUUUGGCUGAUUCCCAGGCCCUGUGCACAAAAGGACAGCCUGGGAGGAGCAAGAGCCCUGGUCCCCUAUGCUGGAGUCCUGGCUGUGGGUGUGGGUGAUACUGUGGCCUCCAUAUUUGGCAGCACCAUGGGAGAGAUCCGCUGGCCUGGGACUAAGAAAACAUUCGAGGGGACUAUGACUUCUAUAUUUGCACAGAUCAUCUCUGUAGCUCUGAUCUUAAUCUUUGACAGUGGAGUAGACCUGAACUACAGUUAUGCUUGGAUUUUGGGGUCCAUCAGUACCGUGUCCCUCCUGGAAGCGUACACUACUCAGAUAGACAAUCUCCUUUUGCCUCUCUACCUACUGAUCUUGCUGAUGGCCUAGUGGUGGUAGCAGCUGGGAUGGUGGAAACAGGAAGAAACAAUGAAUGGUCCUCACAGCAGCUAGCCACUUGAACGCCAAGAACCUAGGGGUGAAAAGCAGAUUUUGUUUUUGUUUUUGUUUUUUUCAAUUGAUUCAGACUUAAAAUAAACAAGCAAAGCUCUCUUGG